AUGGCAGAACAAUCAACUCCAGCAUCUUUUAGUCGAAGCGUAGUAUCCGGGGCGAUGGCCGGCCUAACCGUCGACUUAUUCUUUUAUCCACUUGAUACCCUCAAAACUCGACUUCAAUCUCAAGCUGGUUUUAUCACUUCCGGAGGAUUUAAAGGUGUUUAUCGAGGAUUAGGAAGUGUAGCAGUUGGCAGUGCGCCAGGGGCGGCCCUUUUCUUUACGACAUAUGAGCAGUGCAAAAACCGAUUGGUGCCGAGUUUAUUGCCCAACAUUUCCGCUCCGGUUUCCCAUAUUAUCUCGGCUUCUUUAGGGGAAAUAGCUGCAUGUUUAGUCCGCGUGCCCACUGAAGUUGUCAAACAGCGACAGCAGACAUCUACGUACGGUACAAAUACCACAUCAGCUGAUGUGCUCAAAUUGGUUGUUCAGCAAGGCGGGGCUAGAGCCCUCUAUCAAGGAUUUCUAAUUACCAUCUCACGUGAAGUUCCGUUCGCUCUAAUCCAAUUUCCUCUAUACGAACAACUCAAGCUAUACGCGAAGGCUAAAAGGCAGUCAUCAUCUCAAAAGGACCUUCCAGCCCAUCUUGCUGCAUUAUGUGGUAGCAUCGCAGGAUCAACAGCUGCAGCGAUCACCACGCCUUUAGACGUGAUCAAGACUAGGAUCAUGCUCUCUGAACGUUCAGGCCACAAGCGUGUCAGGAUUUUAACCACAUUGAUAGAUAUACAAAGGAAAGAAGGCUUUUCGGCUUUUUGGAAAGGGCUUAUACCACGAACGCUGUGGAUCGGAUUAGGAGGUGCUGUGUUUCUUGGGGUUUAUGAGGCUUCUAAGUUACAUCUUCCGCCGUUUAUCUGAUAAGGUAAGACUACCAAAUGUUUGAAUCCAGAAUAUACGACGCCUUUCAACAGGGGACUCGUAUUCCAUGAGUCGUCAAGCCUCGGUGUCCAACUGCAUUCCCAUGCAUUGCUUUCUGAAAAGAGCAUCUGAUACAUAGGUACAUGAGGCUGUCAUUGACUCGCAUCUACCAUAUAGCCUUUGAGUCUACAUCUAGCUGUAGCAGGCCUGACUUGAGAAAAUCAUUGUACUCUAACU